CCGCGCGUCCCGGCGCUGUCCCAGCCCUUUGUGGCCGCGGAUUGUUCUGGCUUUGCCGGGCUCAGCAGCGCCGGGGCCCCCCGUGCUGAGCCAGGGCCCCCCCGUGCUGAGCCAGGGCUUCGCCCGCUGACUCACCCCACGUGCGGGGCCGGUGCUGAGCCGGCAGAGCCACGGCCCGGGGGGGCACCGGGGCUGUCCCCCCCUCCAGACCCCUCCUGCCACCCCCACGGGGAUCUGCACGGUGGGGUCAGCCCCGGCCCGGAGCUUGUCCUGGGUGUGUGACAUCCCCUGGGACAGCCCUGUCCCCUAGCUUGUGUCAGGUCUGACCCCACCUGGGACAGCCCUGUCCCUGAAUUGUGCCAGGUGUGUGACCCCCCAGGACAGUUCUGUCCCCCAGUUUGUGCCAGGUGUGUGACCCCACACCCAGGACAGCCCUGUCCCUGAAUUGUGCCAGGUGUGUGACCCCCUCUGGGACAGCCCUGUCCCUGAAUUGUGCCAGGUGUGUGACAUCCCCCAGGACAACCCUGUCCCUGAAUUGUGCCAAGUGUGUGACCCCAGCUGGGACAGCCCUGUCCCUGAAUUGUGCCAGGUGUGUGACCCCCUCUGGGACAGCCCUGUCCCUGAAUUGUGCCAGGUGUGUGACAUCCCCCAGGACAACCCUGUCCCUGAAUUGUGCCAAGUGUGUGACCCCAGCUGGGACAGCCCUGUCCCUGAAUUGUGCCAGGUGUGUGACCCCCUCUGGGACAGCCCUGUCCCUGAAUUGUGUCAGGUGUGUGACCCCCCAGGACAGUUCUGUCCCUGAAUUGUGUCAGGUGUGUGACCCCACACCCAGGACAGCCCUGUCCCCCAGUUUCUGUCAAAUAUGUCACCCCCCUGGGGACAGCCCCAUUCCCCAGCUCAUUCUGGGUGUGUGACCCUCUCAAGGACCCUGUCCCCACUCUUGUCCCAGGUGUGUGACAUCGCCACCCUCCCACCAGGGAACAGCCCCGUAUCCCGUGCUCAUCCCAGCUGUGUCACCCUGUCCCCUGUGACCCCUCAGCCCCUCCCAGGAUUCUGUCCCUGUGCUCAUCCCAAGUGUUCCACCUCCCCCCAGGGACAGCCCUGUCCUCACUCUCAUCCCAGAUGUGUGACCCCCCCCAUCAUCCCCCCAAGUCUUUCAUCCCAGCCUUUCAUCUCUGGUUGUCCUGGCAACACCCCAAAGGGUCCUGGGGGUUGCCAUGGCACCCAGGGAUGCUCGAAGCCCAAACCAAGGACCCCUGCAGCCCCCUCCCAAAAUUCUGCCCCACCCUCAGCACCUCAGGGGUGCCCUGGGCCAAGGGGGUGGCAGUGCUGGGGGGUGACAGGAAAACAGGGGGUGACAGGGACAGGGGUGGCAGUGCCAGGGGGAGGAGGUGCCCCCACCCCGGGUGUGCUGUGCACUCCCCUCUCCCUCAGCUGCACCAUGGCCAUCGGGGAGGAGCUGCGCAGCGGCCGCUUCUGGCGGGGGGUGCUGGCGGAGCUGGUGGCAACCCUCAUCUUCGUGGGGGUGGUCCUGGGGGCUUCAGCGGCCCCAGGGCCACUGGCCCCAGCGCUGGCUGGGGGGUUGGUGGCCGGGGGGCUCGUCUGUGCCCUCGGGGGGCCCCAGGCCAACCCUGCACUGACCCUGGCCCUGCUGUGCACCCGCAAGCUGAGCACCCUGCGUGGGGCCGCGGGGGUCCUGGCACAGUGCACGGGGGCCACGCUGGCCUCUGCUGCUGCCCGUGCAGCGCUGCCGGAUGACACCGGCCUCGUCACCAGGGUGAGCACGGUGGGGACAGCGGGGACAGCGCUGGCCUGGGAGAGUUUUGCCACCUUCCAGCUGGCGCUGGCCGCCUUCGCCGCUGCUGAGCACUCGGCCCCGCAGGGCGGGCUGGUCCUGGGCAGCGCCGUGGCUGCCGGUGCCCUGGCUGCAGGGCCAUUCUCGGGGGGCAGCAUGAACCCCGCGCGCUCACUGGGGCCUGCCAUCGUCACCGGGGUCUGGGAUGAUCAUUGGGUGUACUGGCUGGGGCCGGUGCUGGGUGCGGUGCUGGCCGGGCUCUCCUACGAGUUCCUCCUGGCUCCCGGAGCCUCCCGGGAGAAGCUGGGUGCCUGCCUCGCCUGCCGGGACGUGGCUCUGGUGGAGACCCCCAGCCUGUCCCCCUCCUCGGUGGCCCGUGGCCCCCCAGCCCCCCCAGCCGAGCAGCGGGAGCAGGGCACUGCCUGAGCCCCCCUCCACUCCACCCCCGAUCCUCCACACCCUGACACCGCAUCCUCGCCGCUGCCAGAACCUUCCGUGGGGCACCCACAGGAUAGGGGGGGCUCCGUGCCCCCUCCCCUUUUACUGUCCUCUCCCCCGAGGGGGGAUUAAAGGUGUGUUGGGGUCGCA